CUGGCGCACAACGCCACGCUGGCCGCCGCCUUCGUCGCCACCGCCGUGCUGCACCUCAGCCCCAGCGCGGGGUCGCCCACCGGCUGCGUGCUGCUCGCGUUCGUCAUACAGUUCACGUUCCUGGCAGCCUUCUUCUGGCUGAACGUCAUGUGUAUCGACAUUUCUUGGACCUUCACCGGGAUGCGCACAACGCGGUGCCCGGCGCUGGAGCGCGACCGCCGCCGCUUCCUGUGGUACUCGGCCUACGCCUGGGGCUGCACUGCCGCCAUCUGCGCGGCCGCCGUUGGUGCCGAGUUCUCACCUGCCGUGCCCGAAGACUCGCCCUUCAAGCCCAAUAUCAAUAAGGGCACCUGCUGGUUCAAAGGGAAGCCGGCGACGCUGGUGUACUUCUACGGGCCGAUGGCGCUGCUGCUGGUGUCCAACCUGUGCCUGUUCGCGUACACGGCGGGCCGCAUCUGCGUGGCGCGGCGCGGCUCCGGCAUCCUGCGAAAGCCGGGCAGCCAGCGACACCACGGGGGCAGCAAGAGGCGUCAGCAGCAGGAGCAGCAGAAGGAACUGGGGGCGGAGCAGGCGCGCAGGGACCAGCGCAAGGACCGCGAGAGGCUGGCCCUGUACGGCAAGCUGUUCGGCCUGAUGGGCGUAACAUGGCUGAUGGAGAUCGUGUCAUGGGCAGUGGGCGGCCCUGCCUACUUGUGGAUCGUGACUGACCUGGUGAACGUGAUGCGCCCGGCGUUCAUCUUCUACAUCUUCUGCUGCAACCGCACCGUCGUGAGGCAGCUCCGCUCCAAGCUUCCCGGCAGCUGGCCCUGCGCACUUGCGCCCUCCCAAGGUGGCGACAGCGUCCGCUCUGGGGGCGGCAGCAGCAGCGGCGCCCACUCCAGACCCACCGGCACCGCCUCCACCUCCGCCAACGCCCUCGAGAUGGCCAGCCUCCGCUCCUGAUGACUCUACCGCGCACCGAAACGCCGCGCACCAGCUGCGGGUGGCCAGCGACUUAGGACGUCUCCCCACGUGUAAUGACUGAGAGGUUACCUCCGUGAAACUCUACAAUAGCUAUUGCUGUAAUCUACUAGUAUUAUCAAAGUACCUGUCAUUUACAUUGUCAAAGAAAGUGUAGAUUUUUCAGAUUCAUUAGAAUACUCACAAAUUUUAUUACCUGAUGUGUAAUAAAAUAUU